AAGGCAGAGUUGAUAUUUGUAAAAAUGGCGCUGGCUAGUGUGUUGAAGAGUGAGUGUGCGGAUUUUGAACAGCCUUUUACGUUUGGCUGUGGAUUUGACGACACUGCUGUCGGCUUCGAUGAAACUUCAGGAGACCGUCUCAAUUUCACGCUGAAACGUUUUGAAGGCGAAGAAGAUGGAAUUGAAAGAAAAAUUGAGUUUCUUCACGGAACAACCACCUUAGCGUUCAAAUUUCAGCACGGUGUCAUCGUAGCGGUGGACUCCCGAGCGACAGCUGGUUCGUACAUCGCGUCUCAGACAGUGAAGAAGGUCAUUGAGAUCAACCCAUAUCUACUGGGUACCAUGGCAGGUGGAGCUGCUGACUGCAGUUUCUGGGAGCGCCUACUGGCGAGGCAGUGCCGCAUCUACGAGCUGCGCAACAAGGAGCGCAUUUCCGUAGCGGCCGCCUCCAAACUGCUGGCUAACAUGGUGUACCAGUACAAAGGAAUGGGUCUGAGCAUGGGAACCAUGGUCUGUGGCUGGGACAAGAGGGGACCAGGGCUCUACUAUGUGGACUCUGAAGGGAACCGUGUGUGUGGUGAUAUGUUUGCUGUAGGCUCAGGUUCUAUGUACGCCUAUGGAGUCCUUGACAGUGGCCACCGCACUGACCUGACCAUCGAGGAGGCCUGCGAUCUUGGCCGCCGUGCCAUCUACCAAGCCACCUUCCGUGACGCCUACAGCGGUGGCCAAGUCAACCUUUACCGUGUACACAGUGAGGGCUGGGAGAGAGUCUCGCAAGAUGACGUACUCGCGCUCCACCAUCAAUUCCAGAGUCAGAAAGCCUAGUGAGAGGAAUGGGUUGGGAGGGGUGGGAUAUGACAGAGGGAAGUCAAAGGUUCUGAGGAUUUCAGGGUUAACAUGAAGAGUACAGUUAAGAGAGCAAGUGGAAGAAAGGCAUGUCUAGGGGCACAACUCUGGUCUUGGCAAGCCUGAUUUCGUACAUUAUGAUCAUUUCUUUCUUCUAACGCAAUUAAACCUGGAAAAAUUGUGGCAGUGAAUCAGAUAGGGAACUGGUUGGGACCCUGGAAAUGCAGAAGUUAUGCUACUUUUUGAAUUUGUGCUCUCUCUGUCAUGCCACUGUAACCUAUUUACCACAGUCUCUUUAUGUUUUUGUUUUGCAAUAUAUAGUUACAUUUGUUUAGUCAAUAGCUCAGUGAUAUGACCUUGUCAGGCAUACCUCAUGUUUGGUGUGAUUGAUAUUACACGUUGCAACCUAGUGGCCGUAUUGAGAUGGCCAGCUUUGUCAAAGCUCUGUCAAAUUAAUUCACUACAUACAUAACCGUUAAUAACACUUACAAUAAACUCUGGAAUUGUUUUUGUUA